UUCUUGUUUUAUUUUGACAUACUUCAUCCGUUAACGAGUCUGCGCGUUGCAGGAGAUUUCUGUUUGGCUUUUCCCGGCAGCGGCGGGAUUCACCUAUUCCCGCCAGUCACGUGGUGAGCUUUCGCGGGUACGGAUCGCGUUCCCUUAUCUCUUGGCCUUCCUUUCUCUCGGUAUUACGAUUAAUCCCUUAGCGAUAGCCAAAGUGGAAGGGACCCGCAUCGAGAGAGCCAGUCGGAUUCAACACGGAUCAGCGCGCAUCUUUGAAAUUAAAGUCCGAGAUUGUUACGGCACAGAGUAUCCCAUUGUGGAGGGAAGCGAUCGACCCAGACGACAUGGGCAUGUUACGUCGAGCAAACGUCACGAUGCUAAUGGAAGCGAUAACGUGACAAAGAUCGAGGUGGAGCUCAGGGAGGCACCGGACGCUAUCGUCGUCGGAUCCAUGUCAUCGGAAUUGGAAGCCGCCAACGAGCUCAAUUCGACCUUUCCCGACGGAACAGGUGCGGUAGUGGUGCGUGCCGAGGAGGCCCUGAUCGUCAUUCUCGUUUUGGUCCUGUGGGUGGCUGCGAUCGCUCUAUUUUUCAAUCGAUGGGGCAAGAUUCGCAUGCUCGAGCCGUACCAGCCGAAAUUUCAGCAGCAACAUAGACAAAGCUGCAGCGUAGUCGAUCCAGCUCCACUUCAGCAUCGGAGCUACUCGAAAUUCAAUAUUCACUGUCUGGAGCAUCCGGCGAGCUGCGUGCCGGCGGGUGGACCGGUUACCAGGCUGCGGCAGAAUAGCGUAUUCGUGGGUUCGAGUACAUCGCUAUUGUUGACCAGCCAAGAAACUCCUAGACGCGCCAAGAGCGCAUUCGAUCUACAGUCGUUGGUCCACGCGGAGUGCAUAGACGAGGAGGAACGCGACGGCGAUACUCUAAAGACCCUCAAAUCCAUCGGCGAAACGUCGCGGCUGUUGCAGCGCGAGCGCCGAUCCAGCGCUUAUCAGUUCGAUCGUAUGGACGUUCUGGCGAGGCCGACGCAGCGAGAACGCGGCAUGAGUGUCUGUCAAUUCGAUCGGACGGACGUUCUAGAGAGACCGACGCUGCAACGGGAUCGCGGUAUGAGCAUCUGCCACUUUGACAGAACGGACGUUCUGGCGAGACCGACGCUGCAGCGGGAACGCGGCAUGAGCAUCUGUCACUUCGACCGGACGGAUGUUCUGGCGAGACCGCAGCGAGAUCGCGGCAAUAGCGUCUGUCACUUUGACAGGACGGACGUUCUAGCGAGGCCCAUCUUUCCGUCCGGUAAAUCUCUGUUGCGGGAGAGACGCGUCAGCGUGUGCAACUUCCUGGAGAGGUACGAGGAUUCGCCGUACGGCAGGAAUUCGUUGCAACGCGACCGACGAUUGAGCGUGAGUAAUGUCGACAAGAUCGAGACUCUGGGGAGAUCCCUGUCACCCAGGGAUUUUCGCGGUAGCGUUAACAACGCCCUCGACAACCGGCAGGAUAGUCUCGUGAGAUGUAGCGCGAUCAUGGAAAGGAACAUCUCCGUGCAUCACUACGAUCGUCCAUCAUGCAGCAAGACGCCCGACGUCGUUCUCGGAUACAAAGCGACGUGCGUUUAACCCACCCGCUAGCCACACCGUUUGGAGCGAAGGAAAUAACGCUAUAUGUUCUCUGACAACGGUUCCCGGGAUCUCCUUCGAACGAAAUACGGCUGUGAAAACUCCUUUGGUUAUUCGCUUCGCCUCUCUCGACAUCUUUAUCGCCUAUAUUUCUUAUAUACUUUAUAAGUUUCUCUUCUGUAAAAAAGAGCACCGGCCCCAAGUACAGCCACCAAUACCCUCACCGAAAAUCCUUAUCAAAGUAGGGUGCGGCAGCUAUCAUCUCCUCCAACAGGAUGUUACAGGGGGGGUUUCCAAAUGGCGGUUUCCCUCGUUUUUUCUCUGACGCGAUAAACGUUGAUUUCGGGCUCGCUUUGAAAGAAACAUCUGUUCUCGGUCAGAGCGUCGUUUCGCGCCUCAAGAUAUUUCGCGUGUCGUGAAAACGCGUUGGAUCUUGAAAAUUCCGCAAAAAUUGAAGGCGCGUCACGCAAUAGGAGCGCUUCGCUCCGAUUGACAAAGGGCGUUUUUCGUUGUAAUCUUCUUUUUUCUUUUUGUUAUUUUUUUUCCGCUGCAGGCUAAUAAUGAAGCCACCUACCGCGUUUCGAUUCGGCCCGCCUCAUGAAUGAUACAUGACGGGAAUGGAUUCGCCAGGGGAGCGCCGUUAAAUUUCCGUUUGUUACUCGGCGAUUCGUUAACCGUACCGUAUUUUCGACAAUUCUGCGCCGAAUAAUGAAGCCGUAGAAUUCUAAGGGAUAUAGCCGCGAGUGUAACACCGUUCCAUAACGAGCAAAUACGUGCGCGGAAUUAUCGCGAUCGCGAACGAGAUCGUUUUUUGCCUUGAAGCGGCUCGGAAUGUUUAAUUCGCCAAGCCUAAUUAGCGUAUAGAUUAAUCCUACGGAAAAGGAGCUUUAAAAAUUGAUUGAUCAAUUUUUUCCUUAUUCCUGUCUCUGUCUCUCUCUCUCUCUCUCUCUCUCUCUCUCUCUCUCUCUUUAUUCUCGUAGACAUAAUUAUAAGCGGAGAUCCCUCUCCUCUCUUUCUCUCUCUCUCUCUCUCACUCUCUCACUUUCUCCUUGAAAUGUAAUCCACGUAAAUGCAAGUCGUAGAGAUUAUUCUAUUCUUCGGAGAUAUCAUAUACGCACUUUCUCUACUCGUAAACGUAUGUAUAUACAGGCUCUCACAAAUUUUCUGCACACGAAGCAGCGUAAAUUCGCUCGUGCGAUUUAUGAAACUUGUCAACUUGUCAUCGAGCAUCAACGCGACGAAAGAAACGACAUGUGC